AUGGAUAAUAAAUAUUGUCGUAUUCAGGAAGUAAAUUCACCAACUGUAUAUCCAAAAUUUCCACAAAUGCCGAAAAGACAAUCAUUAAUUAAUUUUACACCAUCUCGAAAGGUAUUUUAUACACCAGAAAUUGAUUUUAACCUUUCUGAUUCUGAAUAUGGUAGCUUAAAGAAUGAAAAAAGUUUUAAUCAUUCGAAAACGUCGAUUGUCCGAAAAAUAUGUGAUUCAACAACAGAUAUACCAUCAAUAAAACAUUUAAAAGAAGUUUCACCCGAACCAAAAAUUUCAACAACGUAUUAUACACCAAAUUAUAUGCAAGAAAAUCGUUCAAUACCAUUUAAGAAACGAUACAUUAUGAAAUUACAGGAAACAGAUAACUUGAUCAUUAAAAAACCACCUAUUUUAAACGUGUCAAACAAUAGAAAUAGUUCACAUACAGGUUUAAGUUACACAUCAUCCAGCUCGUCCAUAUCACAAGCAAAUGAUAAAACACAAUACGAAGAUCUUUCUGAAUCAAUAACAAAAGUGAAAUCAUGGAAUGCUGAUUUUGAGACUGCAUAUAAUAAUGACAUGCGAAUUAAUGAACAAGGUUUAAAAACGAUCAAUAUUCAUUCCGGAAAAAUGUCGAUCGAUAAUCAAGGUUGUAAUUAUCAAUCAAUUACAUGUCAUGGUACAACUAAACACCACAAUCUUGAAUCACCACCAAUUCAAGCAAAAAAACUAAAGUCUAAUAAUUUUAGUUUAGCAACCAGUUAUUCGGGAAAAAGUUCAUCGAAUAUGAAACGAUAUCGUAAGAAAAUUAAAUUCGCUGAUACACCACUUAGUCCGGAAACAACGAAACGUAAUGAAUUUUAUUCAUAUCUUCAAUUAAACGUGAAACCACAGUUUCGAAGUGAUGGAACACCUUUAGAACCCAGUCGACGUUCAGUUCGUGUUAAAAAUAUUGAAAUCAAUAAAGAACGAGAUCGAUCGAUAUCAGAAGAGAUUAAACCAGAGAAAUCAAAUCCACCAGAAAUAUUAAAAAGUAAAAUUGAAGAGAAUGGAUUUAAUGAAAUUGGAUUUUCUGUUGUUGAUAAAGAAACAUCGUUAAAAUCUGAAUCGAUGUUGUUGUUAGCUAAAAAUGAAAUUGAUAAAUCAUUAGAACAAUUUAAUAAUUUAAGAGCGUUAAUUUGUAAGAAUGAUGUCGAUGAUAAUAAAAAUAAAGUGGAGAAAAAACUUGAGAAAAAAAUAUUAGUUAAGAAAAAAUCACGAGAUGAAUCAGAUACUGUAUUAAAUCAUAUUAAUGGACCAGUUACACGACAUUCAUUUGCGGUAAUCCAUAAAACACUAACACGUGGAUCACAUACAAAACUACCAAAAUUAAAUUUGGACGCUGUUAUGAAACGAAUGUACAACAAGCAUAAACCUAGUAAAAUAAUCGUACCGAAAGUACGAUCAAAAUCGUGUUCAUUAGCUCAAAAUACCGAGAUAAUAACAAAUAUUGAAUCAAGAUUAGAGAAUAUUAGCAUACGUCGUGAAAAUGUUAGUAAUUUAUUAAAUGCUGUGAAUAAUGAAGUUCUUAAAGUACAAAAUAAUAUAUUAGAAUUAUCAUCGCAAAAUUCAUGUUACGAGGAUGAUUUUAGCGAAUGUAGUAAAGUUUCUGAACAUAGUUUUCGUGGUUUUGGAACACCGCUAAAUGGUGGCACAUCAUCGAGUGGAACAACUUCUGUAUCAUAUUCCGAAGUGAGUUCAUCACACAAUGAUAAAUGUGGGAUUCGAUCACAGAGACGAUAUUCAUUACCAACAUAUAUCAGUAAUGAACGAGAAUUAAAAUUAAAUGAUUUAAUUUCACCUGAUUUACCAAUUAAAUCAUCCCCUAUUUGUACAAAUGAUAAUAAUUUAGUGUGCCAUCAUAAUUCAGUAGAAGACUUACUUAAUAGUUCCAUGCAAAUAGAAGAAUCAUCACCGAAAUUCAUACCAUUAUCACCGCAUCCAGUUCGUCCAUUUCAUCAAAUUUUUAAUAAACGAAUACAAAAGCAACAAACGAAUAAUGCACCUUGUAUAUUUGGCAGUGAAACAAAUGUUUUAUAUUCAAAUUUUUUCUCGGAAGAAUGGAAUAUGGUUAAUAAUUCGAGUAAUAAUUAUUCAGAAUAUAUACCAAUUUUACGGCAAACAAUACAAGAUAAACUGAAUAUUAAACAAAAUAAAAUAUUAAUGCCACAUAUCAAUAAAUCGGAACAGCAUGUUGUGGAUAUUUCAAAUGAUGGGGGACAAGUAUUAAGUGUUCAUUUUUUAAAUAGUACGCUUAUGAUUGUACAGGAUAAAUGUAUAAGUUUUUGGCAACAAACGCCAUUGGGUUAUAUGCUUGGUGCUCAAAAUAUGUGGUUAUCAUUGGGUAAAAUUCAACGAUUAAAUUUUGAAGUUGGUUAUGUAAAUAUUCGUUGUGUAUCACAGAGUUGUUUAAGUUCAGAUAAUGCAACAGCAUUUAUUGAAUUAUGGGCAAAGGAGCAUAAAUCGGAACGUAGAGAGCGACCGAUUACGGAUGUGUUUGCGGUUGUUUAUUUUCAUCAACAAACGAAAAAAGGAAAUAUUUUAGAUAAGAAAGUUAUACAACUUGAAAAUACUAAAAGUUUUGCUCAAGAUGUGCAAUUUGUAUGUUUAAAGUAUGGACGUAGUAUCAUUAUUAGUUGGAGAGAUCAAUUCGCAAGUCCUCCAAAAUCACAAAUUCGUCGGUAUCAGUUAGCAGUUGAUUUUCAAACUAUAUCAAAUGUCAUGGAAAUGGAGUCAGUGGAACAUUAUGUUAGUGAAUUACAUGAUGUCAAUGAGUGCUUUGAAAUGAUUUUGGGAAUUGGCGAUCAUCAAGUAUCUAUUUGGCAUUUACUUCAAGGAAAAUUAGUUACUACGGUGACUAUACAUAAUCCUUUGCCUAUUCAUGAACAAAUUAAUGGUAAUCAAUAUUACGAUAUUAAUUGUGUUUGGGCGUUAUGUGAUCGCGGUUUUCUAUUCCUAAUCAAUAAAACGGAUAAUAAUGUUUUACAUUUAAUUGCCAUAAAUGGUUUGCGCAAAGAUUGGAAAAAUUUACAAAAAUAUAAGAUUCCUGCUGAUCAUACAGAAAUACAAAGUGUUGGAAUCAAUGGUGGAGUUCUACUAGCUUGUUCUAAAAAAGGAAUCGUUUGCUGGUCAUUACAAUCAGGUGCAAUGUUAAUACAAUGUCCUACAGGAUCAAAUAUAUCGUUGUAUCCAUCUGAUACAUACAUCUCGUUAAUCGAUCAACAUUUAAAUGUUGCUAUAAAAAAUAUAUUUGCGUUUUUACUCGAAGAUUAAAUUUAAAA